AUGGGAAAGCAUAUCUUGGGUAUUGAUAUUGGAACUACAUCUGUAAAAGUAUGCAUAGUUAAUGAAGAUACACAUGAUGUAGAAGUCCAACAUGUUAAAGACACCCAAUCAAAUAUACCAAGUGACACAGGACCCGGUGGUAAUAAACAGGAUGUAUCUAAGAUUGUUUCUGCUCUAAAUCUGUGUGUAUCUAAGCUACCAAAGCAGCUACUUCAAGAGGUAACAAAAAUAGGAAUAUGCGGACAAAUGCAUGGCGUAAUGUUUUGGAAAAACGACGACGAAAGAAAAUCCUGGGACAUUGUGGAAAAAGAUACUUCCGUUAGAUACGACGUUCUACAAGAUAGAGUCUCAGCUCUGUAUACUUGGCAAGACAAUAGAUGCGAUCCCGCCUUUUUGGCUACGCUUCCCGUCCCAGAAUCUCACUUAAAUAUUUCUACUGGUUUUGGAGUUGCUACAAUGUUCUGGAUGUCCAAAAACAAGCCAGAAAAACUAACGAAAUAUAAUUGUUCCGGAACGAUAGCAGAUUUCGCUGUAGCGAUGUUAUGUAAUUUGGACAAACCAGUAAUAUCUUAUCAAAACGCGGCAAGUUGGGGUUAUUUUAAUUGUCGAACUUCUGAAUGGAAUACGGAAUUGUUAACAAAUGCCAGUUUUCCCGUUGAGUUAUUACCGGAAGUCCGAGCUAGCGGCGAAAUUGCUGGACUAUUAGCCGGGAAUUGGCACAGCGUGCCAAAAGGAACUCCAAUUGGUGUUGGACUUGGUGAUUUGCAGUGUUCUGUACUGUCUACGGUAGAAACUCCACAAGAUGCAGUAUUAAAUAUUUCAACUUCAGCUCAGAUAUCCUAUGUGGUGGACGGCUACACACCCAAUGAUGGCCCUCCGGAAGUUCUUCCUUUGAAUCAUUGGCCCUAUUUCAACGAUCAGUACGUCGCUGUAGCGGCUUCCUUAAAUGGAGGAAACAGCUUAGCUACUUUUGUAAGGAUGCUACAACAGUGGGUAAUGGAUUUGGGUUUUAGUGUUCCUCAGUCUAAACUGUGGGAAAAAUUACUAGCUAUCGGCAUAGAAGACACGGCUAUUUCAGACCUUACAAUUAAACCCACUUGUCUUGGAGAACGAUAUGACCCAGAUCUAGCUGCAUCAGUCACAAAUAUACACGUUGGUAACUUAGGGUUAGCUCAAGUUUUCAGGGCACUUUGCAGGGGACUUAUGGAAAAUUUGCAUAGUAUGAUACCAAGAGAAGUGCUACAAAGUGCAAAGAUAAAUCGUAUAGUUGGAAACGGUUCAGGUCUCUCCAGAAAUAUGGUGUUACAAAAGGAAGUGGAGAAACUGUAUCAACUGCCAUUGGUGUUUACAAAAGGUGGUGAUGCUGCAAAAGGAGCCGCCCUAGCAGUAUAUCUAUAUUCCGAUAAAUAA